UCAAGUCCUUCAUCUCACACAAAACACUCUCUCUCUAUCGACAAAGAUAAAGAAAUCAGAAGCUUCCACUCUUAAAAUGGCAACUUUCUCUUAUUUCCAAAACUACCCUCAUUCCCUUCUUGAUCCUCUUCUCUUCCCUACACCUAACUCCUCCGUUGAUAUCACUGGUAUAAUCGAUCAAAAUAUUCUCCAUUCACUACCAGACGUUUCUAAAAUCGAAGACACUUCCGUGUACCCUUUUCUUGAUGAGUAUAAUAAUGUUGACAAAACCGAAAGCGAUAGUUUUAAGAAACAGGCCAACACAACCAAAACCGCAACCACCGGCUCCUCUUCUUGCGAGCAGCUGAACAAUGGGCCAUCGACCACCACCAUUAAUGGUAAAGUCCGUCGGAGGAAUAUCAAAAACGAUUCUAACUCAAAGGAAGGAGUAGAGGGAAGAAAAAGAAAAAUACAGAGAAGUGACGUCAAAGAGAAGAGAGGAAGCAAAGAAGAGCCUCCUAAAGAUUACAUUCACGUUCGAGCUAGAAGAGGCCAAGCUACUGAUAGCCACAGCCUUGCUGAGAGGGUGAGAAGAGAAAAGAUAAGUGAGCGGAUGAGGACUCUGCAAAAGCUUGUUCCGGGCUGUGAUAAGGUAACAGGGAAGGCCCUUAUGUUGGAUGAGAUUAUAAAUUAUGUUCAGACCUUGCAGAAUCAAGUUGAGUUUCUGUCAAUGAAGCUAGCUUCUACUAGUCCGGUGGUCUAUGACUUUGGUUCCGACCUUGAUGGCCUCAUACUUACAUCCGAGAUGGGAUCCCCAGACGUAGGAACGUCUUUUACCAAUGCAAUGCCAACAACUACUCCUAUCUUCCCUUCACUAUUGGAUAAUUCUAUCGUACACACACAUGCACAGCUUCAGGAAGGGGGAGGAGAAGAAAGAGAGAAAUUUGUAGACAGAAGUGGGUUCAACGACAACAGCUUCUGUUCUUUCCCUUGAUUUAUUAGUAUUUACAUGUCCACGACACAAACACAAAAGCCUGCUUUUCUUGUGUUUCUUUCUGGUCUUGUCUCUUCAACUACCUAAUUAAUUAUUGUUCUAUACAUUUCCCAUAAUUGUUUAAAAAGCUUGUUACGUUGUGGGUUCGUACUUAUUGCUACCGUUAUUGGAUGUAUAGGUUGGUUUUAAUCUCCUCCUCCCAUAUGCACGGAUCGAGGGAAUAAAAUCUACGUGAAACCAGGGUGGUAAAAGUGGAUCUGUACUUUAUUUGUUCCUUCCUUUUAUAGAGUUUAAAGAAAAAUUAAUAAAAGUACUAUAUUAGAGAGACAAAAGCUCAUUUUCCCCCUAUUUGGCCCGAGAGUUUCAACAUAAAUCAUUCAUAAAGAGAAUUAUGAGGAAGAGGCUAAAUUUAAAUGGGCGAGAAAGAGACGUGUAAAACGAAGAAGACCUCUCUUAUAACUUGAUUUUGGUGGGUUUAUUCACUCAUGCAUUAAGUAUACACUUUGUAUUAGUUCUUGUUUUUUUCAGCACUUGUAUAAUGUCUAGAAAAUGUAAACUAUUAAAAAUCAGCACACUCA